AUGCGGACUACCAGAGGACAGUCACCGAGUAUUGGACGUCGAAUUGCGAAUACUACGCACUUGUCUACGAAGCCGACAAAACCAGAUGUUCGCCAAGUGGAAGAAGUGCGAGACGAAGGAAAACUUUUGCGCUCAAUAUUUGGAGAACCGCCUCUGGAGGAGAAUAGUGGGCGGAGAAAAUUCGAAGACCUUUUCAGUAAAUCACAUAACACAGCUUCAAUACCGCACGAAAAUAUCGCUAAAGAACAUCAAACAGAUCACGUUAGGAUAGAACAUGAGUUCUGUGUGCAGGUGUUUGGGUGUCAGCCAUUCACUCAUGUCUACGUGAAUCGAACAUUUGCCACUAUGGCGAAGUUCAAGUGUAACCAGGAGGUUAUUAUGGAUCUAGUAAAUUCAACAGUUUGCUCGUCUAUUGAAAUAGUUCCAUUAUCUCGAGAUGAUUACGAAAUCCUUGAAAGAUCUGGUAGUAGUGUCGAAGAGGUAUUCCUUCAACAGAUUCGUAUUGUUCGGCCAGGAAUGCGUUUUCCUCUAUGGAUUACGCCGAGUGUUUGCGCUACUUUUCGCGUAGAACAUAUCACACCAUCGUCGAAUCAGGCUACUCUUGUGUUUCCAUCAACAGUUUUGAACAUUCUAACUCCAACUGAAGGUAGAUAUUCUCCGACAAGCAGUGAGCACUCCACUGCCAAGAAGAUUAAGAUAAGUGAUCUAUUUCCUAGAAUUGGUGCAACUGUCAAUGAUUUUCCCACACCUUUGCCUUUUCGUGCGGAAGCAUUUCGGGUUGUACCGAAUUCGCUAGUCAAGGAAAGCAUAUUUUCAACGAAUCCGUGUCAUCCUUGUGUUAUCUACAUUCUUGGAGAUGAGUCUCUUCAUUACUCCUUGUACAGUGUAACGCUAGUAGAAAGUGCUUUGAAUCUGCCAAUUAUGCAGUUCGCUCUUAGCAUUUCUGUACCUCCUAGAAGCGUUUCGGAUGACGUAUUCUCUGAGUCGAUUGUCAGUGUUCUUAAGAUGAAACCAAACCUUUGCGUUGUCCCUAAUAAUGACUAUUUGGCGUACUCUACGAUAUUGUUGACAACAGUGAGGGAACGACAGAUUGUAUUUGUCAAAAAUGUCGAUGUUUUUCCUUCAGCUGAGGAUUUGGAAUGUUUUCUCAGCAGUGAAAGACGUCGCGAUAUAGUGAAAUCACUGAAAGAUAUGGUGGUUGUUCAUCCUCUCCUGCUUUCUGCUGAAGGUCUUUCACUUUCUGUUAACUUGGGAACUCGGAGUGUGAUGGUUCAUCUGGUUCCCGUUGAUGAUAUGACCCCGAAGGAACGUCAUCACCAGGAACUGUGUUGUUUUACUGCGGAAGCUGGUUGCACAUUCACUCUGAAGUUCGAACCGUUGGCUAAAAAAUCGACUAUUUCAUUAUCAGAACCGGAUAACUAUGGAUUUUUGUCGCACAAUUACUUUCUCAAUUUGGGUUCUCAUUCCACUUUGAUAAAUGAACUGAGUGAAUGGGCUGAAUACUGUUGGUCUCACACUGGGUUCGGCCACGCGCUUUUACUUGGAUCUGAAGGGAGUGGGAAGACUGCAAUUGCAGCGUGUGUUGCUCGAAAGCUCGCAUUUGAUCAUUGUGCACUUUCUGUACGAGUUAACUGUAGUCUUUGGAAAGGGACGCAUUCAGAGACCGUCGAAAAAAAAAUUUCAACAGAAAUAAAGAAGCUUUCUGCUAGGAAGCCGAGUUUGUUAAUUCUUGACAACUUCGACUUAAUGAAUGUGGCCAAUGAGGAAGAGCAGCGAAAUCUAGGGGUCGAAAAAGUUUUUCAAAUGCUUUGGCGCUUAUUAUCCGCGAGUGUCGUACCUGUUCUAAUAGUUGCAAAACAAACGAACUCUCUUUUCAAGUCUAUUAUUACACCAGUCGGUAAACGUCUAUUUGCUGUGAGGAAGACGAUUCCGUCUCUCAACCAGGUACGUGAUUAGUUCUAUUCUAAGCGAUCCCAUCUCGGUGAGAACUAUGGACCACUUCAAGACCUUGCUACCAUCAUUGCAAAAUUUAGACGAAUUUAA